ACGUUUUGUUUGUGUUGAUGUUUCAACUCACAUGUUACAUUUAAUUGUCUCUUAAUUGUUACCAUUUAUUAAUUUAAUUUGCUUUUUUUUAUACCUCAUUAAGCAACGUACUUUGUUAAUUAACUAUUUUUUUUCUCUAUGUUUGGUUAAUUAUUUCAGUUCAAAAAAUGACAACUGAUUUAACUACAAUUGAAACUAAAUAUCGGGAAGCUGCUUUGAUUCUUAAACGAAUUGAUACUAAAAAACUGAGCUUGAAAAAAUGUAUCUCCAAUUUAUCGGAUUCUCUUUCUCCCUUGGAAAAGAAAGCAAUUUAUGCUUUAGCUAUCAAUGCUGAAAAGAAUAAAGAAUCCAUCAAUAAGAUGAAAAAGUUCUGUAUUGAUGAAAGUCAACAGGCUCUUGAUCCAUAUUUGUUAUCGGUGUUACUUGGAAAGUUAAUAUUUGAACGGAAAGUUGCUCUUUACUCUUUACCUCAAGGAAUUGCUGAGACUGAUUUUAUUGUCGAGCAUAGAAGGAAAUUAGCAUCAAUGAAAGCCCGUCAGCAAGAAACUCAAACACAUAUUUAUUUGCGAAUAAAUAAAUUGAAAACUCAGAUUGAAGAGAUAAUUCCAGUUCUACUUUGCAAUGGAUUUAAUCACAAUGAAACGAAAAGUGAUUGCUUUGAAACUUUUGUGACUAAUUGUCAUGCUUUAAAGAUGAGGAGUUUCAUGAGAGAUUUUCAUUUUCAAGAUGAGCUUCUUGUAUUCCGACCUGCUGCCACCAAAUACUUGACAUGUUUGGACAUUUAUAAAUCGGGAAAGAUAAUCAUCCAAGAUAAGGCCAGUUUAUUAGCUGUUAAAGCCAUGGGAUUACAAGAAAACAUGAACAUACUGGACGUUUGUUGUGCUCCUGGAACCAAAACCGCAGCUAUGGCCGCUUGUAUGAAAAACGAAGGUCAAAUUGUAUCAAUUGAUAGAGAUUCAAAUCGAUUGGGUGAAAUGAAGGUUCUAUUGGAUCGACUUGGUGUUAAAUGUUGUAAAACAGUUCAUGGUGAUUUUAUUGAAAUUGCUUCACAGUAUCUUGGUGAAGAUAUUGAUGUCCUUCUUUUAGAUCCUUCAUGUUCCGGAACAGGGCGGCCCGAAAUGUCCAGAGAUCAGGUUGAUACUCACAGAAUAGGUAAACUCGCCGGUUUUCAGACUCUCAUGUUGAAAACAGCGUUCACUUUGGGAGCCAAGAAGUUACUCUAUUCAACAUGUUCAGUUGAUAUGUUUGAAAAUGAAGUGGUCAUUUCAACUGCAAUGAAUGAAUCACCUGAAGCUGCUAAUUAUCAGAUUGUUGAUCCAAUGCCUGAUUGGCCUAUGAGAAGUGAAUCUACAUUCCCGUUUGCAGAUAAAGUAAUUAGAUCGGAUAAAUCACUUUUGACCAGAGGAUUUUUCUUCUGUUUAUUUGAACGAAUUGAAGCAAAUGUCAAAUCGAAAGGAAAGAAACGGAAAAACAAAUUUUAAAUUUUCCACAAUUUAUCUAAUUAAAAAGUUGUAAAAUUAACAA